AUGCUGCGUGAGGUAUUCUCCAUAUUCACAUGUGUGGCAUGGGUGGGAUUUGCCAUUUAUCUCUCGCCAUGGAUGAAGGAUAUCUCCCAUGAAGUUGAAGCUUACAAUGCUACUACAUUCCAAUACCCAGUGCCAUUGUCUACACACAAUGAAGAGCACACACGUCUAAUGCAGAAUCUUCAGCGAUCCAGUGGGAAAUGGGACUCUAACCAUCCUCGACAUCGAUUGUUAACUGCCCUGUAUGGAUAUACAUCCUACAAAGACAAAAACCUAGCUGAGGUGAACCGCUGGAGGAAUCUUUAUAAAAACGUCCCGAAGCAGCAGCGAACGUUGCUUGAAUCAACCGUCCACUACACGCGUAAACUCAACACAAUCGAACAUUUGCUCGAUACAAACAAUGAACUCGCCAAAUCUAUUGUUGAUCACGGUCUUUGGUUCUACAAUAUCAGCCAAUCUGAGCUAGACGAAUUCAUCAAAGAGAGUGAGAGUCAAAAACGGUCCGCUGAUAAGACUAGCGUCUCUCAAGGAAUGAAGCAUUUUGUGCGUGACUGGGCAGACGAAGGCCAUGAAGAGCGUGAACAAUCCUUUGGAUGUAUUCUGAAGUCGCUCGCCCAGACACCACGGACGACAGAUAGACCCUUGCGAGUGCUGUUGCCUGGGGCUGGAUUGGGAAGACUGGCCCAUGAGGUUGACAAUCUUGGAGGCUUUGAUGUGACGAUGAACGAAUGGUCAACAUACAUGAACCUGGCAUACCGUUAUGUAUCCAGUCGCUCCAUCCCCAACAGUGUACCAUUUUACCCGUACAUUGACUGGUGGUCUCACCACGCCACGACGGAAGAUCUCCAGCGCUCCAUUACAUUCCCAAACCAAGUUAUUCGCCCAUCAUCUGUCUUACUCAUAGAGGGAGAUUUCACUACGGUAUUCGCAGAACACACUGGUCAAUACGAUAUACUCGUGACCUUGUUUUUCAUCGAUACUGCGCGGAACUUAGUCACAUACCUUGAGACCAUCCACAGACUACUUCGUCCUGGUGGCCGUUGGGUGAAUCUUGGUCCUUUACUGUAUGGCACCGCGCCAUUUGUGCAGUUAUCACUGGACGAGAUUGUGGCGCUAAGUGAGAGCAUGGGAUUUGAGUUCCAGGAGACAGAUCCCUCAGUUGGGGAUAUAACAGUGCCUGGCUUGCAAGUGCGAGGGUUGGAUGUGGCAUAUGGUCGAAAUGCGCGUGGGUUGAAUAAGAACGCAUAUCAGGCGCAGUAUUGGGAGGCUGUUAAGCGCUAG